CCUUUGGUUGAACUGUAAUAUAUCGCUACAUAAGCUCAUCACAUCAGCAGCAAACAUGAGGAUGGCCGAUUGUGCCACAUAUGACGUUCCUGAUGACGUCAGCUAUAGGACAAGCUCCAUAGGCACAGUAACGCCAUCUGGAGCCAUAUCUCCGUCUUUUCAUAAAGGAUUUAUGGAGAUGCAACGUGAAUUGGGCAAUGAGCCUCUGAAAUCUGGCAAUGAUAACUUAGAGUAUAUAAGAGUACUACAGGCGUGUUUGUCAGGCUCUAUAGCAGACCCGGCGACUCCAUGGUCAAGAUCCACUGCCAGUAGUGAUGCUGAUAUUGCAAAUGACUGUGUCAUUGAUUCUCCGAUGCAUUCUAAUAAUGUGAAGUCCGACUUCAUCAAGUCUAGCAGACGACGUUACAAAACAUGCAUUCCAAUGAGCCGUGUAAAUACUAGUAAAAAUGGAUGCGGAAUAUACACACAUUCUAAUCGUUACAUUAAUACUGCAUCACAUGCACAUGAAAAUGAUGAACCUCUCCAUUAUAAUCCGCAUCCAUUUGACGAUGAAGAAUUGUGGAAGGCAGAAAGACAACAUUUAGGGCAAUCUCAGACUAAAAGGGAUCUCAGCAAUGCAUAUGAUAAACGAAACAAUGCGACUAAUGGUAAUGUAAUCCUACUUGAUGACGAUCGCAAUGAUGCCCGAUUGGCUGUAUCUCUCCUAAAACUGCGCACUGGAGUAAAGGGACAACAAAAAAUUAUACGCCUACACAGAAUUGGCACACAUUUACAACUAGAAUAUUCAGAAGCCGUAGAAGAUUUAGAGCUGAGCUACGUGCCUACUGAGAAUAUCGCAAAAGGAGAUGAUUCCAUACAACGUACAAUACAUGAAAACUCUCCCCGGUGCGAAGAUUGGAUUGCGAACUUCCACUUGUAUACAAAGCCAGAAAUGCCUUCAUAUGGAUACUCUAUAGUGUGGGUUGCAUCUGGACUUUUAUGCGCAAUGGCAGCGUGCACGCUCUAUUUGAGAAAUAGGAAUACUGCAGUGGCAUAGUUUUUACGUACAUAAUCAAUGAAGUUUGUCGUUGCAAAAUGACAU